UUCCGAACCGGUUCAAAUUUUAGACUCCUCUUUCCUUCCUGUUCUAUAUAAGCCAACGCCUUUCUGGCUUCCGUCUUCAUCUUUCAAAGCAAGCUCUCCUUGCUCUGUCCGCUUCCUGAGCCCCAUCCAUGGCGAUCUCUUCUACCAUCGCCGCCUUCUUGUUGUUUCUAUUCUCUUUUGCGUUCCAGUUUUGCCAUGGCGGAAGAAUUAUUCUAUCCGCUUCCGCCGUAGCGGAGGAGCAGCCGCUCGCCACCAUGACCUACCACAAGGGCGCCCUGCUCUACGGCAACGUCUCCGUCAACCUCAUCUUCUAUGGCAAGUUCUCCGCCGCUCAGCGCGCCGUCGUCUCUGACUUCGUCGCCUCACUCUCCUCUCUUCCCCAGCAAAAGGACUCCCUCGAGCCCUCCGUCGCCACCUGGUGGCGCGGUCUCGCACGGUACUACGCCUCCCCCCGCAUCCACCUUCCCAAGCUAGCCCUCGGAAAGCUGAUCCUCGACGAGGGUUACACCCUUGGACGAUCCCUCCACGAUGCCGACGUCUUCAACCUCGCCGCUCGCGGUGCGCCCCGUAGCGCCGUGAAUGUGGUACUCACCGCCGAGGACGUGGCCGUGGAGGGCUUCUGCAUGAGCCGGUGCGGCACGCACGCGUCGUCGCGGCGGAGCCGAGCCGGGCGGUUCGCUUACGUGUGGGUGGGCAACUCGGCGAAGCAGUGCCCCGGGCAGUGCGCGUGGCCGUUCCACCAGCCGCAGUACGGUCCGCAAUCCCCGCCACUCGUGGCGCCGAACGGGGACGUCGGGAUCGACGGGGUGCUAAUUAACCUGGCAGGUCUUCUCGCCGGCACCGCGACCAACCCUUUCGGCAACGGAUUCUUCCAAGGCCCGAAGGAAGCACCGCUGGAGGCGGCGACGGCGUGCACAGGAGUCUACGGGAAGGGUGCCUAUCCUGGGUACGCAGGGAACCUACUAGUGGACCCAACUACCGGGGCCAGCUACAAUGCUAAUGGGGUCCGCGGGAGGAAAUACUUGGUGCCUGCGCUUUUUGAUCCGUCCACGUCAUCCUGCUCCACCCUGGUGUAGUAGGUUGGGGUAGUCGUGGAGAGGACAAAGGAGUAUACACUGCCACGCAGUCAUUUCAUUACUAGCUUAUUAGUGUGUAUUUUGUAGUAACAAUAGUUUGUAAUAAUUCUUUCAUUUAUUGGAUGAAUGUUUUAGAAACGAAA